UACGCGACGGUUAAACCAGACACGCCUCUGUGCUAGUGACGCAUUUAUUUCAAUACAGGAAAUAAAACAUGUUGUUUUGUUAGAAGAGAGAGAGAAAGAAAAGCAAGUAGUCACUGGAGAUUUCACAGCAUGCUAUCUCAUGUGGAUUAAAGUAUUUAGGUUGUGUUGAAAUAUGAUAUUUUUUGUUCCGGGACAAAGAACCCCUUUCUGUUUGAUUCGAAACGUUCCAGCAGAGUUCUGCAGGGUUCUGAAAGACGAAAGUCACUCCUUGCAAAGUAAGUUUGUGCUCUUUCUUUAUCACGCCGGAAAUUGAUGUCAGUGUUUGUGAAUGAAAAGAGGAUUCCGCUUUCCAGUCUCAAACUAAAACCAGUGAAGAUGGACGUCAGUAUCUCCGUGUCGUUCUUUCAAGACGAGCUCGCCUCUACCAUCGAGCACGCAGUGAAAGCGGCUGUAGACACCGUCUUGUGCGAAAUUACUAAAGUUGUCUGCAGCAAAUUCAGUGAAUUCCAAAUGGAAAUGUCUGGAAAGCAGAAAGAGAAUGAAAUUCUGAAGCUGAGAUUGGAAAUAUCAGAGAGCGAGCUGAAAGCUGUGCGAGAAUGCAUGAACGCUGCAGGAGCGGAUAUUAAACAUCCUCUAAUAUUUCAAGAUCCCACAGAGUGCCACGCUAUCCCUGAAUCUGAAGCACAGGAGGGGCCAAAGACAGAAGCAGUUUACACACUAGAGGAGUCCUUUGAGCAGGAGCGGUGUGCAAGUCUAAUACAGGUUACAGAGCUGACAUGUGUUAAAGAUGAAGAGGUCCCUCAACAGGAAUAUGUUUCUAUUAAAGAGGAAUUAAUUGAACAGGAAUGUGUCCCCAUCGCAGAGGAAGUUCCUACUGAAAAUAAUAUUUAUACAUUUGAGAAGAACAACAAGCUGGGAUCCAACCUGUGUGAUGAUCGUCCAUCUGAAUGUGAACUGGGAUUUAGAGCUUCUAUAGUAGAUGAAGGAGAACACGACUCCACUCCAUCACCACACUGCAAAAACUCUUCUAAUGGUAAACCACAGCACAAGAAACACAGAGAGACGACAAACGAAGAAGAAAAUGUGAAGAAAUUGAAAACUCACUCAGUUAAAAUUCCUUCUUUACAAGACAGACAACCACUUACUGUGGAGAGUACAGAGACUCCACAUUCUGUAUGGUUUAACAAUUCUGAAACCCAGGGCAGCUUGAAGACCUUGCCUCAUUCUGUUACAGGUGUGAAGAGUUUCUGUCAAUUAGGCUCUCUAAAAACUCACAAGGGAAAUCACACAGGAGGGACUCCAUUGCUCUGUGCUGUUUGUGGGAAGAGUUUCAAACAUUUAUCAAAGCUUGAAAUCCACCAGCGCGUUCACACAGGGGAGAAACCUUAUCACUGCACUCAAUGUGGGAAGAGAUUCAGUCAGUUACAUGACCUUAAAAGACACCAGCGUGUUCACACAGGAGAGAAACCUUAUCACUGCACUGUGUGUGGGAAGAGUUUCACGCGGUUAGGAAAUCUUCAAACACACAGGCGCAUUCACACAGAAGAGAAACCUUAUCGCUGCCCUGUUUUGUGGGAAGAGUUUCUGUUUUUUAACAAACCUUAAAAUCCACCAACGCAUUCACACAAGAGAGAAACCUCAUCACUGCUGAAAUGGGAAGAGAUUCAGUCAUUUAGGAAAUCUUAAAAGUGUGUAUCCCUAUCCCUGCACCUCAUGUGGGGAGAAGUUCAGUCAGUUGGAGGCUCUUGAAGGACACAAGAGGAUUCUCAGAAUUUCAGACACUUGAGGAAACCUAAACAGGAGUAAGUUUGACUAAAAUACAGAAAUAUUUACUGAAAACAAAAGAAUAAACUGACUUGAUAAAUAGUCACUCCUGAUCACAAUUGUUUCAGAUCAAAAACUCGCAGAUGGGAAAAUAUGAAAUAUCUUGUUUGGACAAUUAAUCUGGUUGAGCAUUCUGAUUUUGUUUUGUCACAUUAGUAAUCUAUUAAAUAAGUUUUUACUAUGUCUGCAAGUUUCCCUUUUUUCUCAUGCAUUGCUUAGCCUCAACCUGGUGAAGGGGGUUAAAUUAAUUAUAAUGUAUUAUUUCUCUGAUGGAUUAGGAAUAUUUCUCUAAAUAACGUGUAUAAUAUACAGUGGAACUAGGGUAGGUGAGUCAGCGUUUUGCUAGUUGUAACAGAGACAUCGCCCGUAUCUUCCCCCACAACAAUUUGUAACAGUUGAUUGCCUCAAUAAAACAGACAGCGAUCAUCCCCCAGAGCAGUAAAAGUGACAGACAGCAAUCAUCCCCCAGAGCAGUAAAAGUGACAGACAGCAAUCAUCCUCCAGAGCAGUAAAAGUGACAGAGGCAGCGAUCAUCCCCCAGAGCAGUAAACGUGACAGAGACAGCGAUCAUCCCUCAGAGCAGUAAACGUGACAGAGACAGCGAUCAUCCCCCAGAGCAGUAAACGUGACAGAGACAGCGAUCAUCCCCCAGAGCAGUAAACGUGACAGAGACAGCGAUCAUCCCCCAGAGCAGUAAACGUGACAGAGACAGCGAUCAUCCCUCAGAGCAGUAAACGUGACAGAGACAGCGAUCAUCCCCCAGAGCAGUAAACGUGACAGAGACAGCGAUCAUCCCCCAGAGCAGUAAACGUGACAGAGACAGCGAUCAUCC